CUUCAUGUUACAUGUCCGAGGUCGGAGCCCCAGGUGUAUCAAUCAUUUGCAAUAUUACGGAACAAUUUCAAAUCCGUAGCUUCCAUCAACAAAACCCAAGCGAUCUAGGUCGACGGAGAUUGCGUUUCCUGACUGUUGAAGUGUGUUGGAGGUGAGGCAUUAACCGGACAUGGAUAGGGUUAUUUUCACGUUUGUGCUCCUGUGUUCCUGUGCCCAUGUCGGGUAUACUUCCAAACUUAUUGUGAUUCUAAUGGACGGUUUCCGCUGGGACUAUUUCGAUCAUGUGGACAUGCCCGGGUUUGCAAAAAUGGCCAAAGACGGAGUGAAAGUGGACUACUUGCAACCUGACUAUCCCUCAUUGUCCUAUCCCAACUAUUACUCAGCCAUGACAGGUCUUCAUUGUGAAUCCCACGGAAUGGUAGGAAAUUACAUGUAUGAUGUUAAUCAAAACAAGAGCUUCCUGAUUGGUGCUAAUCCGGACCAGAGUUUGCCGCUGUGGUGGGAUGAUGCAGAACCCGUGUGGGUUACAGCAGAAAAGAGGGGAAAGAAGUCGUUCUUUUACUUCUGGCCGGGCUGUGAGGUGACCAUAAGAGGGGUCAAUCCCACGUACUGCAAGCACUAUGAGUUGAGUCUGGUUCCACAGUUCGAGUAUUCCCUUCAACAGGCCAUGGCAUUAGUGAAAAAUAACUCAGCUGAUUUAAUCGGCAUAUAUCUGGAGGCCCCAGACCACUAUGGGCAUAAAUUUGGAGUGAAAUCUCAAAACCUAACUCAAGUGCUAAAAGAAAUUGACGAUAGAUUAGCCAGAUUUAGACAGAGUCUUACGUCAUCGGGUCUGGAUAAUGACGUCAAUAUCAUGAUCAUUUCUGACCAUGGUAUGGCAAACGUCACCAAGACUGUUGACAUCACAAACGCUUUUGUCUCAGAAGACAUUAAGGUACUCUUACCGGAAGUGCCAUACGUUAGCAUCUGGCCAAUGGAAGGAAAGCUUGAAAAGGUUUACAACGACUUGAUAUCUGCAAACAAAUCCAACAUUACAGUCUACAAAAGAGAGUUUAUUCCUGACCGAUACUUCCUGAAGAGGCACCCUCGCACUGCCCCGAUAGUUAUAGAGGCUGACCAAGGAGUGCUCAUCAAAGCGCCGUGGAUUUGCAGCGAAUGCAAUGAUAUAACUUUCUCGUCAUAUAAAGGAAUGCACGGAUACGACAAAGUGAAUCCAGAAAUGAGGGGAAUUUUUCGCGCCGUUGGACCAGCCUUCAAAGGGAAUUUUACGAAUAAACCCAUUGCUAUUAUUGAACUCUAUCAAAUAAUGUGCCAUAUUCUUGGACUCAAACCUAACGCCCAUAAUGGCACUUGGAGCAAUGUUGCAGAGAUGAUGAUCAAAGAUGGUACAUCUGCUGGAAAAAAGAACGGAAUCUCAACUCUUUUCAUAUUGACUACCAUUUUUGCAACUAUGUUUGCAUUAUCUUUAACUAACGCUGCAUGAAUUGUUUUGUGUGUGUUUUUGUAUGAAUGUUUCGUUUUUCGUUCAUGUGCCAAUUUAUAAAUAGAAUUGCAAUUGAAUUUGAAUGAAAUUCCAACUUUGUUGAUGUUUAUUAUGUAAUAUACAUGUAUUACAAAGUUUUGACUGACACUUUACAUUUGCAGAUGUGAAAAUUUUGAAAAUAUUAAUGUAGAAUUAAUUGUAAUAUUUUCCGAAUAUGUCCAGUUUUUAAUGUAAUUGUUUAGAUGUGUAUAUUUAGAUGUAUGUUUUAUUUCUAUUCUAAAUAUAAGUAUCGUAUGCUUUUUAUUACAUUAAUUCAAUUAAUAUCUUUUUCAAAAGAUUCCCGAAGAAAGCAAAUACUUUCACACGUACACUGUAACAUAAUUGUACAAACUCGUUCGGUAGGGAUGCAUAUACUUCGGGUUUAACAUUAGCAUAUUUGACCGCUGAUAUAUAACUUUAAGAGGACGAAAAAGUCUUCAAACCCAUUACUUACAUGUAUUUAGUAAUACAAUGUUUACGCUACCAAGUUAAUUAUAGCAAUCUUUAAAAUGUAUAUUAAGUAUGAUAGUUUGUUAUGCGCGCGCAUCUGUACAAGAGACCAGAAGAAGAAAUGCCAUCAAUAAGAUAAGCUGUUAAGCAAUGUUUCUGAGCGGUUGGUUAUUUAUCUGAAUUGAUUUCAUACUUUAACUUCAUGACUGUGUAACAUCGGAAUUAAUAUAUAAUUAUUUCGAUGUGAUAUGAACGAAUGCCUGAAAAUAAGUCGAAAAAAAGUGUCGAAAUACAGGCUUUCCAUAGUAAACAAGCAUUUUGAGAGUAUUGCAUAAGCAAUACACGUCCCCUACCGGUUUGUAUUACUCUAUGAAAGCUUCGACGCAUACAUUUAUUUCAAAACUAUUAUAAAAGAGAUGUUAUGCUUUAAUCAGAGAUAGAUGAACAGAGGAAAUUCAAACUACAUAGUUGAAAUAGAAAUUAAAUAAAAAAUGGGUUAAAUAAUACUCUUUAUUUUAUCUCCAGUAAUUUCGCCAAGUCCAUUAAGUAUUUGCUGGUAAAAAUUUGUGAAAACAAUGCACUGUAAUGCAGAAUAUCAUUUCUUUCCGUCUUCUGUUCCCUGAAUCAACAGACUAACCCGAUAGCGAACCCGAUUGUAAUAAUACAAAAUACCCCGUCGAUUAAAUUUACAACACAAUGCUUGACGCUAUUAUACAGAUUGAACUUAUUUGUUUGUUAAAAACAAUAAAAGAAAUGGUACAAGUAAAUCACGAUAUUAUUACUGACUACAUAUUUUCCUUGUUUAUUCAAUACACACCGAACCCGAUAACGAACCCGAACAUUAAAAAAGUGGAAUAUAAAAAAUUAAUUUUCUCGAAAAUAUGUCAACCAGACGUUACAAAAGUGUAAACUUGGUCUGUAGUUUGACAUUUUGAAGCUGUUCAGCAAAUUUCAUAUUAUUCCUCAAACGCAUAAAAAAAAAAGUGUGGAAAACUGAA